AUGAGGCAUCCUCGCAUCGCCCAGAGACUCGGAUCGUUGUGGAACCCGUCAGUCUCGACGAUAGCGACUCGGACUCGGAUUACUGGAGGUGCCCAAAACCCUCCGGAAGAUAAGGAGGAGGACGAUGAUGAGUACCUCUAUGAGGAUGAGGACGAGGUGGAGCAGAAGCCAUCAAAGGAGCAGCUGGAUGGGGCGCGGGCACAGGGACCGCGCGGGGACCAGGGCGGGGACAGAGAUGAGGACCAGGAGGAUCAGGAUCAGGUGUUGCAGGAUCUGUUCGGAGGGGAGUCUCCUGAGCCCGAGGGGGCGCCAGCGGGGCAGCGUGCGGUGACACCGGUACGAAGUCUUAUACCGUCGGUCACAGCGCAGCAAUCCGCGCCAGUCAAGCAGGCCCCGGCGCCGGUCACACCAAUAGUCAGCGGCUUCCUCAAUCGACCACUCCGUCCGCAACUCCCCCUCAGCGAACAAAAGAAGGCGAAAGCUGCACUUGCAAAAGCCACCCCCAAACCCCAAUUCAGCACAUGGCAGUAUCAUCAACCCGUCUGGGUGAUGAUCCCCAACUUCAACAGUGAUCCUGCCUAUCAAGUAAGAUUCGUACGCGAGCUAUGCGGGCCUGUAGUGGAAUACUGCGAACAUCUGAAAACCAAAUGCCGGAAACUUGCUUCCUACUCCGCGGCUUGCAAACAUCUCUUGGCCGCGCUAGACGACGCGACGGCGCGUUUCGGGCUUAUAGGGCCUUUGCGCGGCGGUGGGUCCAAGGCGGCUAGUGGGAAUGAUGGACCAUGUACGGUGUGUCAGCAGAGCGACGCGGACUGUAUCGUCCGAAUAGAAGAUGUAGGAAUGGGGGAUCAACCGCUUCGGAUCGUUUCAAAAUGUGUCGGAUAUACCACUAACAAAGUCGCAUGCAGCUUAGCCCAUCAAACCGGAAAGGGGAGACAAACUCCCACCAAAGCCAAGGCGACCAUCUCCUCGGCCGUUACUACUACAGCUGCCGCUGGACCUUCUGCCUCGUCUCGAGACAGACCAGUCCUACCCCGCGCGAGCGUCAAGCGGAAGUACAACGACGAAGCACUGGCAGCCAGUCGUAGUCCAUCUCCGGAUCAGCCUCCUGCGCCACAGCAGAGCGAAGCGCGUCAAAGGCUAGAAACGCCCUCCUCCGCCUGCUCUACCCCUCCAGAACGCCACUUCACCCUCGCACCCCCCAACCGUGUCGUCUCUCCGUCAAUCGAGGAUUCUCCACUCGAUGCCCUCAUGCGCCAGACCGGAUCAUCCACAGCCACAUCCACUCCGCAGAAGGUCGUCCAUACCGGCGAUUUCUUCGGCCCAAAUUCGCACGACAUGGAUAGCCGACCUGAUCUACUGGGUUUGGGCGGAUUACCUACCCGAGCUCGAGCUUCGACUCCGGCUUCCCUACUGGCACCGGCACGAGUAUCAGCACCAUCACCGCCAAUACCCCGUCCUCGUCUGCGUCCGCUGUCAAAUCUCCGGCAAUGGAGGCGGCGCAGACUGUCGGAGCCGAUCUUGAGGAGACUGAAGGGGUCGCUGAGGGUCGUCAAUAAGCAUGUGACCACUAUCGAGAGCGCGAUGGCUGGUGCACCAGCGAGCGGAUUGGGGGAUAUAGAAAUGGCGUUCAAGUACAUGGCGGGAUUCACAAAGAAUAUGCGCACGCUAUUGCUGGAGGGAAGAGACCAGCUCGAGUUCUUUAUCCAGGAUUUGUUCGAGGCGAUUGAUGCGGAUGUGGAGACUUUGCAACGGGUGAGUAAUGAUGCGGACUUGAUGUUGGGAAGUUGGGGGAAAGGGAAGAAGGACGAUCUAGAUGCGUUGUACAUAAUCUUGACUGACCGAGGUGACUUGCGCGCAUACCUCACGCCCCCACGCGUUUCAGCUUCAGGCACCAUCAGAACGACCCGCUUCUCGAUCUUAUUGGGUAACGACCAAAUAGACAGUAUGGUCAAUGGUAAUGGCGGCGGCCCAGUAAGUAACAGAGUCUCGGCCUGUAGCGAUGGAGCGACAAACACUUCCGGUAGACUGUAUCGCCAACCUGCUUGGGAUCACGUCCCGGAUUUCAAGCAGGACCCCAGACACCUGGAAGCUCUAAAACGUAUGGAGAUGGAAGUGAGCAGGUGUCUUUGCGACGCCAACGCCGAGGCCCAGCUCCAUUACAAGGCCUAUAUCGAUGCUCUAUAUGCGGAUACUCGACCCGUGGGGAAAGUGCGGGGCUUCAGAGCAGGCCAGAUACGGCAAGUGGCAGGAAGAGACUGCUUUGCCCUGAUCGGGCCUGACGGAACUGGUCAAGCUGGCCAGAUCAUAGCCAAUCUCGCAUAUCGUCAUGCUGAUCUGUUGAAAGCUCCAAAUAUCCAACAUGAUCUACUCAACGAGCGAAGAUCGGCGAGAUUAGGGACUGCUCAAACGAGUAUAAUUGUAGGAUACGAGGAAAGCGAUGACGAGUCCUCAUGCGUCAGAGAAGUUAGAUCUCGACCAGCCAAGACUGCCCGACUUGCCCCUCCUCCUGCCAGCGAAUCAGGCCUACCUGCCGCUCCCCCUCCUGCCCAACCGAUGCCUUCUCCCUCGGAUAUUGCUGGCUCCUCCAGCGCCGCCGGUAAAGGCUCAUGUCACGCCGCAGUAGGCUCCCCUGUCAGCGAGACAGUCCAAGCUGCCGGUCCCCCUCCCGCCCAACCGAUACUGCCUCCCUCGGACAUCGCUGGCUCCUCCAGCGCCGUCGGUAAAGGCUCAUGUCUCGCCAAAGUACAGACAGCCAUCCAGAAUAUGCGCGAUGCCGUCGAGAUCAUUCAUGAUCAGCUCUGCGAGGCGGAGGCCAAGAAGCUCAAGGCGACAUUCGCCCGCGUUGAGCGUUACAUGGUUCAGAUCCAGCAUCUUGCGACUUCGACCGUACUCCCAGGCGCGAGCUCCCUCAAUGACACCAUAGAGUACUUGGCCACCUUCGCUUCCAACGUCCGCAAGUUGAUGGGUCAAGGCCAAGCUGGCGUCGAAUUCUUCAUAGAUGACGCGUUUGUCGAAUUUGAUGCGAACCUGCAGGAGGCGAAGUUGAUGAGCUAUGGUUGGUUGAAAGUAAUGGCUCAUCAGAUCGAGGAUUUAGCUGUCUCGGGUUGCGUGUCCGAGCUGGGCGACCGUAGCAACCCGAUUCUGCUGAGCGACGAGGAGGAGGAGGAUGACCUGACCGCAGGGGAGGAAGGGGAUGCGAGGAAGGAAGCGAGCACACAUGUCUCGGUGUCGCAUGAGGGGUGGGUAUACCGCCAGUCUCCCUGGACGUACAUCGACAGUAGCAAGGAUGACCCCGCUUACAGAGUGAGCUACUAUCGUCUUAACAAAUGGGAACCAUGUGAGAAACGGACAGCCGCUGAUGGGCGUCUGAAGAAGCUAUACGAAGCCAUGCAGAAAGAAACAACCCUGAAGUAUUCGACAAACAGCUCUAUCGAGAGGUCGUUCUACAGGAAGGUUCUGGACGGAUUGGAUCAAUAUACAGGGUCCUGGGGCCGAGUCAGCGGCGCCAGCGAAGGAAACCCAGUCAGAGGAGGUGUGCAGAUACAUGCGAUUAGAUAUGGACCUUGCGCAAAUUGCCUGACGAACGGAUCGGCGGGCCGGGAGUGUAUCGUCAGGGUGGGCCCUGUUGUUCCAGGUGGACCCGACUGUAUCGUUUCCGAGUGUCUGGCAUGUAUAUCCACGAGGGAGCCGUGCAGUCUCGCCAGCCGCGAGACCUCCAUAAUGAGCAAAUUCCGACCUGCUACCGAGCCGACUAUCGUUGUGAUGCCAGUCUCCGACGCUGAAACCGAGGCCGGCACUGGUGGAGACGACGAUGAAUUUGUCUUUACCGGCCACUGUGUCGCGAAACCUGCCAAGCCGACCGGUCUUCGCAAGUCAGCGAGAAUCAAACGUAUUCAACGGGAUGCCAAGAGGAAGGCUGUCUACGACACCAGUGAGGACGAAUCAUCGUAUCCACGAGUCAGAGCUCGGCGCGCCACGCGGAAAGUCACUCGUCGCGUUGAGUCGGUCUCGCCCCCACCUCGAAUGGCUACGAGAUCGACUCGCAGAGCCACCCAGGCCGAUGCUGCUAAUGUCGCCGCCCGCGAUGAGCCUACCGGCAGCUCCAGCAAAGUCAUCGGUGCUUCUCAGCGCGUCACGAUCAAGACGGCGAUCGAGAACAUGCGCGAGAUGGUGGAGGUCAUCCAGGGUCAGCUGUCCGAGGGGGACAAGAAGAAGCUCAAGGGUACUUUCCAUCGCGUGGAGAGGCAUCUGUCAGAAAUUGCGGUCGCGGCCGGCGACGACCACAUCGCGAGCGAGGAAACGCACGAUACCGCCCUCGAGUAUCUAGGCAGCUUCGCAGUCAACGUUCGGAAGUUGAUGACCCACACCAAGAAGAAAGUCGACUUCUUCAUCGAGGACUCGUUCGUCGAGCUUGACGCGAGCUUCCAGGCACUGAAGCAGACUAUGUGUACGACUUAG